AUGGCUGCCGCGGCGCAGCGUGCGACUGCGGCGCCGCCGCCUGCCGAUUUGGACCAGGUGUCUCCGGAGCGCCUGGCGCGGCUGCAGCAGGUGGCCAGGGACCGCUGCUAUGACGUCAUCCCCGUCCUGGAGGCGCUGCACGACGUCGGCAACAUGUCCGCGGUCUGCCGCUCAGCAGACGCCCUUGGCCUGGGCGCCAUGCACUGCGUCGUGAACGGUACCAGGUACAAGCACUCGCAGCGCACCACCGCCGGGUCUGAAAAGUGGCUGGACGUGAAGGUCUGGACUUCCACCGCGGACUGCCUGAGGGGGCUGAAGAAGGCGGGGUACCAGGUGGUCACCACUUAUCUGAAUGCGAAGUCGAUACCCAUCCAGGAGGUGGACUGGACGCGGCCGACCGCGUUUGUGGUGGGGAACGAGCGGGAGGGCGUCACCCAGGCGGCGAUCGACCUGUCAGACGCGGUGGUGUCCAUCCCCAUGACAGGCUUUGUGGAGAGCUUCAAUGUCAGCGUGGCGGCGGCCCUCAUCAUGUGGGAGGCUCAGCAGCAGCGGACGCGGCGGCUGGGGCGGCAGGGCGACCUGGGGGAGCGUGAGAGGGAGGCGCUGCUGGCUGAGUACCUCAUCAGGGGCGUGGACGCACCAAUUUAG